AUGGCUUGGUUCGAUGAUGACAGCCACGAGGCCCGCGCCCACGAGGAGAUGACCUACCGCCCUCACGAGGCCAAGUGGUCUCACGAGCUCAUCGGUGGUGCUGCUGCCUACGAGGCCAUGAAGGCCUACGAGGAGCACGAGGCUCGCGAGGGCAAGGUUGAUAACCACGCCAAGGCCAAGGAGAUCAUUGCUGGUCUUGCCGGUGCCUUCAUUGACCGUGAGGUUGAGACCAAGGGUCUUGACUUCAUUGACCGCGAGAAGGCUAAGCACCACGCCAAGCAGGCCUACGAGAGCCGCAUGGAGGAGAGUGGCCGCUGGUAA